AAAAAAUGUCCAACCCCUCAGAAGAUUUCCUGUUUCAUGCAAGUGAGUCAUAUAGGACACGUCCUGCCCCAGUUGUGUUUACUCUCUCACAGCAACUGCGGAGAGCAACAGGCGGACCGAAGAAUAAAGUUCGCUCAAGUUUGGAUUUUAACUCCUCGACAAGGCUUCGCCUGAUUAAUGAGAAAAAGGGGGGGCUUUUGUCCUUUUCUUCAUGGAGCUACUUCGCUUUUCCGCUUUCUGGUGGGGAGCAAUACUCUAUGGUAGUAUUGUGCUCGAGCAGGCGGACGCCUAUAUAAUGAAAGUGAGAAGGCUGUGCAAGUUUUGCGACGUACAACCAACCAGCUGCACUGGUCAGGGGAGCUGCAAAGUGGAGUGUGACAUCACAGCGAUCUGCACGCAUGACGACGAUGUGUGUGUCGCUAUUUGGAGAAAGAAGGACGAUAACGUCACGUUUGACACAGUCUGCCACAACCCAGCUCACAAGCUUUAUGGCCUUGUCCUGGAGGACUACAACAACAGCAAGUGUGAGAUGAAAGAAAUAAAGGGCAUGGGCUCGUCGUUCUUUAUGUGCACUUGCUCUGAGGAUGAGUGCAACGACCAUAUCAUCUUUAACACCCACAUGGAUUCACAGGUUGCUGUCAUCCUGGUGAGCCUGGUUCCUCUUCUGAUUAUGGCCAUCUUGGUAAUUACUUCUUUCUACUGUUAUCGAGUCUACCGUCAGCGCAGAGCAAAUGCAAAACGCAAGAAACUGGACUUCAGUGACGCUCAUGCCAUUAUGGGGGACGACGAGGGUUCUGACAGCAGCUCAACACAUGCCAACAACCUUAACCACAAUACUGAGUUGUUGCCUAUUGAAUUGGAUAUCCAGGUGGGGAAAGGUCGCUUUGCUGAAGUUUACAAAGCCAAACUCAAGCAGGGAUCCUCCGUCAGUGACGAGCAUGGUUUUGAGACUGUGGCGGUUAAGAUUUUCUCAUACGAGGAGUACGCCUCCUGGAAAAAUGAGAAGGACAUUUUCUCGGAUGCUGACCUGAGACAUGAAAACGUACUCCACUUCCUGACAGCAGAGGAGAGGAAGGUACAGAGACAGUACUGGCUGAUUACAGCGUUCCAGCCAAAAGGCAACCUCCAAGAUUACUUGACCCAUCAUAUUAUUAGCUGGCACGAUUUGUGGUUGCUGGGAGGAUCACUUGCCAGUGGACUGGCACAUCUUCACAGUGACCACACGCCAUGUGGCCGCUACAAGGUGCCUAUUGCUCACAGAGACAUUAAGAGCUCCAACAUACUAGUGAAGAGUGACCUGACCUGCUGCCUGUGUGACUUUGGGCUUGCGCUCCGUCUGGACAACUCGUUGUCUGUGGACGAGCUAGCAAAUAGUGGACAGGUGGGAACUGCAAGGUACAUGGCUCCAGAGGUCUUGGAGUCCAGGAUCAACCUGGAAAACAUUGAGUCCUUCAAACAAGCGGAUGUAUACUCCAUGGCACUUGUACUGUGGGAGAUCAUUUCCAGGUGUAGCGCAAUUGGAGAGGUGAAAGAGUAUGAGCCUCCCUUUGGAAACUUAAGGGAGCACCCAUGCGUCGAGAGCAUGAAGGACAGCGUGCUACGAGACCGAGGAAGACCGGAGAUUCCCAACAGCUGGAUCAACCACACGGGCAUCCAGCUGGUUUGUUCUUGCAUCGACGACUGCUGGGACCACGACCCAGAAGCCCGCCUGACAGCCCAGUGUGUCGCCGAGCGCUUCGACGACAUUGAGUACUUGGACAAACUAUCCGACCGCUCCGAUUCAGAAGAGAAGAUCCCCGAAGAGAUCAUUGUGGUGGACAAGAAGUAGCGCUCGACUCAGAAUACGCCGCCCCGUCCUGGGUGACAUGAAAGCUAACUGGAAAAAGCAGAGGUUAACUCCAAAGACCUGUGGACUUGAUGGAUGGUUGUCAUCUCAUCCACGGGCUUCACGGACUGGAUAACAAACAAACAGGGAUAUCACAAUAUAAAGCUUUUAACCAAAUACUUAUGCACUUUAUUGUUAUCUAUGCACACUACACGGCAUAUAGCCAGUGCCUCUUAUGUCAGGACAAAUACAUUUCAGGCAUGGAAAGGAAUGUGUAUUUAAAAAUAACAGGUUUGAAUUGGAAAUAUAUUGAAUACUCAUACUGCUCAUGACACUAACGUCCCAUGUAUUUUUCAUGGUGGAACUUUAACUUAUUGUGACAUAGCAGUGACUCAUAUGUAAAGGAUCCAUGGGGAUCAUUUGUUUAAAAGCAACUUUGAAACCAAAGAAGCAAAUCAGCCUGAAAGGAAAAAAAUACAUGUGCGUGUUCGCGUGUGUGUGUGUGUGUGUGUGUGUGUGUGGUGUGUGUGUGUGUGUGUGUGUGUGUGACUCAGCUGUGUGAUCUCCAGUAAAUGAGGAAGUCUGUUUAAUUUGUGCCAGACAUUAAAGGGGGAAAAUGUAUGUGCAGUAUGGAAGUAGCUAACCUAAAAGUUUCAGCCUGCUGCUUGUAAAAGCUGAGCUUUGUGUGUGUGGUGUGUGUGUGUGUGUGUGUGUGUGUGUGUGUGUGUGUGUGUGUGUGUGUGUGUGUGUGUGUGUGUGUGUGUGUGUGUGUGUGUGUGUGUGUGUGUGUGACAGAAAUGGAGUAUACAUCCCAUGCUUGGAAAAAAAUAAAUCUAUACCAAAGUCAUUUUUUGUACAAAAGAGUAAAGAUAUUAUUUGGUGUUACCAUAUACAAAAUAUCACAUGGUGUUCUUGAGGUUUUCAUGGGUUUGUCAGCUGGUUUGAGCAAGCCAGUGAAUGAUGACUGUGUUCUAUACAUACUGUAUUACACAAGCAAUGACAAAAGUAUGCUUUGCUUUUAAUUUUAUCAGAACACUAACUUUUAACCUAUACUCUUAAGCUUGGAAAAAUUGCAUCCUGGAUUAUUUCGUUUUGCUUUUUCUUUUUUUUUCAGCAGUUCUUACUGGCCAUUCUCCUUGUUUACAAUACAAUCUGUACAGUAGCUUCCAACAUCAGUUGGUCCUGAACUGGUCUCUUGGUUCUGCUUUCUUUAGACAUUGGCAGCAUUUGGGACCUCAGCAGUCAUAAAACCAAAGACAGUGGUCUAAGCCAAAACUCGUAUCACAGUUGGUCAUUUCAUCUCUGUGUCGUUAUCCUUUUCGGGAUUAAACUUUUUCAUCGAUCUCCA